ACUCACCCAAAUCAACAUAUUCUAUAAACAAUUAGGAAAAAUGAACAGAUCAUUAAUCCUAACCUCCAUUCAAUUGCUCUCACUUCUCUUUAUAUGUUCACUCGCAACUUCCAUAGUAGCACAAGAACUUGAGAAUGAAUCAGAAUUCAACUACAAUUUAUUGAGCAAGAAAGGGCCACUUAAUUGGGGAAACAUAAAAGAAGAUUUUGAAAAAUGUAAGACAGGCAGAAGGCAGUCACCAAUAUUUUUGUCUCCUUUGCUACCACAAAAAGUACCAGAAUCGGAGAGAAUCACAAGAUUUUACCAGCCUGGUGAAGCAACACUCAAAAAUACUGGCCAUUCUAUUGAGCUCGAAUGGGAUGACAGGAAUAACAGCAAGAUUCGAAUCAAUAACACUGAUUAUUUCCUACACAAUGUCCAUUGGCACUCUCCUUCCGAACAUGUACUUAACGGCAUACGAUAUGCAUUGGAAGCGCACUUUGUUCAUAUGAGCGAGGACAACCAAACCGCAGUUAUUGGGUUUUUUUACAAGCUAGGGUUACCUGAUCCUUUCCUUUCUUCGAUUGAAGAUAAACUAAGACAAAUGUCAAGUGAAACAAGACGAGUAAUGGCAGGUACAAUUGAUCCAUCUGCUGUUAGAUUGGAACGUUUCCAGUAUUAUACAUACAACGGCUCACUCACCACUCCUCCUUGUUCUGAACCUGUGCUUUGGUUCGUUGAAACCAUACUUGAAACUGUUUCCCUAGAACAGGUGCAACUACUUCGGAGAGCUGUUGAUGACGGUUCAAGUAGAAAUGCAAGGCCAUUGCAACCACUGAAUGGAAGAACGGUGAAACUCUAUGAUACAAGAUUGCGCUAGCUUCGAUUAAUGUUUUUGCGCACCUCAAUGCACAAAUUUGGACUUAAUUCCCAUAUAUCCUAAUAAUGCUCUUAUAUAUAAAUAAUAAAACAUGUAUAUUAAUGACAUAAUGUACGUCUUCCUAUUCGGCAUUAUAAUCUAUAAAUAAACACUGUCGGAUUGUCAAUUAUGGAAAGACUUUUCUUUAGUCUUCACUAUGUAAUAUGAAACCAUAUGGGUAUAAAUAAUAAUAAUUACUUUACAAUUGGGC